UCUUCUUUGCUUUCUUCCAAUUUUGCUACUACUUAAGGAAAUUGGAUUUUGGUCAAAUGUCCACUUUUAUCUAUAUGUAGUAGUGUACACUGUUUGUUGUUCAUGGUUACUUUGGUUAAUUUUCUUUUAGCUAAUUUGUUUUCUUUUUUUGGGGCCAGCUUUACGCGUAUCAAUAUAAUAUGGGGCUUCUCUUGAUUGAGAAAAAAGAGUGGAGCUCUAAGUAUAAUGAGCUGAAUCAAGAUUUGGCAGAAGUGAAAGAUGCUCUUGAAAGAGAAAAAUCUGCUCAUUUAAUUGCCAUCUUUGAGGCAAAGAAGCGGGAAGAGCAUCUGAGGAAGGCCUUGGGUGUUGAGAAAGAAUGUGUGCUUGAUCUAGAGAAGGUUGUGCGAGAAAUGCGCUCAGAGCACGCAAAUAUUAAAUUUUCUGCAAAGUCAAAGUUGGCGGAAGCAAAUGCAUUGGUUGCUAGCAUUGAAGAGAAAUCUUUAGAAGUAGAAGGAAAUUUGCACUCUGCUAAUGCCAAACUUGCAGAAAUAAGCAGAAAGAGUUAAGAGA